ACCUUGGCUGGAUGGAGGAGAAGACUGUGAGGAAGAAGAAGAUGCCACAGAACAGCCAGGCAGAUAAGGAGCUGAGGAUGCAGACGAGGGAGGACAAAUCCCCGCAGCAGAACCUCGUGGAAGAGGUCAUUUUGAGCAGCUCCACGGUGCAGGAAUUCAACAGGGAGGAAAAGCGACAGAGAUCCGACAGGAGGAAGGACUCCAAACCCAUCCCAGGGUGCACCGAGGAGGAAAGACCCACCCUGUGCCAGGAAGGUGGUCAGAGCUUCAGCCAGAGCUCCCACCUGAUCCAACACCAGCAGAUCCACACUGGGGAGAGGCACUAUGAGUGUCCUGAGUGUCAGAAGAGGUUUCAGACCAGCUCCAAGCUCCUUGUGCACGAGCGGACUCACAGAGAGGAGAGGCCCUUCCGCUGCCCCGACUGCAGGAAGGGCUUCAAGCGCAACUCCCACCUCAUCAGGCACCGGCGCAUCCACACUGGGGAGAGGCCCUACGAGUGUGGGGAAUGUGGGAUGAGCUUCAGCCAGAGUUCCAACCUGAUCUGCCACCAGAGGAUUCACACCAGGGAACGGCCCUACGAGUGUGAGCAGUGUGGGAAGAGCUUCCGCCACAGAUUCAGCCUGAUCUGCCACCAGAACAUCCACACUGAGGAAAGGCCAUACAGGUGUGGGGAAUGUGGGAAGGGCUUCAACCAGAGGUCGCACCUGGUCAUCCACCAAAUGAUCCACACUGGGGAGAGGCCCUACAAGUGUCCUGAGUGUGGGAAGAGGUUUCAGACCAGCUCCCAUCUCCUCGUGCACCAGCGGAUUCACAGAGAGGAGAGGCCCUUCCGCUGCCCCGACUGCAGGAAGGGCUUCAAGCACAACUCCCACCUCAUCACCCACCGGCGCAUCCACACUGGGGAGAGGCCCUACGAGUGUCCCCAGUGUGGGAAGAGCUUCUCACACAGCUCUACCUUGACCCAACACCAACGGAGGCACCGGUAAGUGAAGCCCUGCGAGGUCCCGACUGUGGGAAGAGCUUCCUGCAGUGCUCCAACUCCAUCCUCGUCAGAGGACCCAGGUUGGGCAGAGCCCUGGUGACCUACAUUCCCAGUGGUCCAGAUUGGGAAGACACCUGGCUGAUGGUCUUCAUGUCCUCCUGGAUCCCCACAGGCACCUGGAUGAAUGCAGGGGCAGGAACAUCCAUCGGGAGUCUGUUUGACAUUGAAAAUUAAUGGGGAAUAGCUGAGUUGACUUUACAGCCCAAAAAAAUCUCUCAUGAGCUCUGCCCAGUUUUUAUAUCUGGUGGCAUCAAUCAACACAGGAUGAUCUUGGAGAUCUUUUCCUACCUGAAUAAUUCCCAUGUUUAUCCCAUCAGAGCACCCAAA